AUGCGGCCCCUCCUCCGCGCAUCGCGAACAGCAACAACAACUUUCACCCCAAUCGCAAGAAUAGCCACAACAUCCCGCUACAAGGCCGCCUCCGCCACCACACCCGCCUCCUCCCCCGCAAAGUCUGCGCCAGCAUCAACCUCAACUUACGCCAAAAAGACACCCGCCCCAGCCCCGAAGCCCUCGAAACCCUCCUCCUCCUCAGCAGCAGCAGCAUCUAAAGCCACGCCAGCAGGACCAGCAACAACAUUUCCAACCGCUCCACCAUACGUUCCUCCCCCGCAAAACCAGACCGCAGACCAGACACAACAACAGCAACAGCAGCAAACACAGCAGCCGAUAGACUGGUCAACAUCCUACCACGGCCUCGGCACAGCCCGCUUUCCCAAGGAAGUCGUCGACAUCCUCCUCCAACCCGUGAACCCCGCCGACGUGGAAGUCAAGCCCGACGGCAUAGUCUAUCUCCCCGAGAUCAAGUACCGCCGCAUCCUCAACCAGGCCUUUGGCCCGGGCGGAUGGGGCCUCGUGCCAAAGGGCGAUGUCGUGGUGGGCGAGAAGGUCGUGACGAGGGAGUACGCUCUCAUCGCCGAAGGACGCUUCAUCUCCCAAGCCCAAGGCGAAAACGGCUACUUCUCCGUCGAAUCCCUCCCCUCGGCCGUCGAAGGCUGCAAAUCAAACGCUCUGAUGCGAUGCUGCAAGGACCUCGGCGUCGCCUCCGACCUCUGGGACCCCGUCUUCAUCCGCCAGUUCCGCAAGGAGUACGCCGACGAGAUAUGGGCCGAGCACGUCACGACGAAGCGCAAGAAGCUCGUCUGGACGCGCAAGGACGUGCCGUUGGCGUAUCCUUACAAGAAGACGAACUAA